AUGUUUAGGAAAGCUGCUGUAACCACGGUCUCUAAUGGAAGGUACUUGCAGGGGCAAGCUAAUGGCAGGUUGCCCACUAUGGACAGCGGACAGCCAGCCCAGGAGGGAAAAGUUGUGCUGAAGAAGAAAGUGACCCUUUUGAGGGGGAUAUCCAUCAUAAUUGGCACAAUCAUUGGAGCCGGCAUCUUCAUCUCUCCCAAAGGCAUCCUGAAGAACACUGGCAGCGUGGGCAUGUCCUUGACUGUCUGGACAGUGUGCGGUAUCCUCUCGCUCUUCGGUGCCCUCUGCUAUGCUGAACUAGGAACAUGCAUUAAGAAAUCUGGUGGUCACUACACCUAUAUCCUGGAGGCCUUUGGCCCAUUACCUGCUUUUGUGAGAGUCUGGGUUGAAUUACUCAUCAUUCGCCCUGUUGCCUGAGCAGUGAUAUCGUUGGCAUUUGGACGUUACAUUCUGGAACCUUUCUUUAUGCAGUGUGAAAUCCCAGAACUUGCGAUUAAACUUAUUACAGCUGUUGGCAUCACGUUGGUGAUGGUCCUGAAUAGCACGAGCGUCAGCUGGAGUGCCCGCAUUCAGAUUUUCCUUACCUUUUGCAAGCUUGUAGCAAUUCUGAUAAUUAUAGUCCCUGGAGUUAUCCAGCUAAUUAAAGGAGAAACACAGCACUUUAAAAAUGCCUUUGCGGGGAAUGAUGCCAGUGUUAUGGGAUUACCACUUGCUUUCUAUUCAGGAAUGUAUGCCUAUUCAGGCUGGUUUUACCUCAAUUUUGUCACUGAAGAAGUGGAAAACCCUGAAAAAAACAUACCCCUCGCAAUAUGCAUUUCAAUGAUUAUCGUCACAGUUGGCUAUGUGUUAACAAACGUGGCUUAUUUCACUACAAUCAGUGCUGGGGAAUUGCUGCUUUCAAAAGCUGUAGCAGUGACCUUUGCCGAACGACUAAUGGGAAACUUUUCUUUAGCUGUACCAGUAUUUGUUGCUCUCUCCUGCUUUGGAUCUAUGAAUGGUGGCAUUUUUGCAGUCUCCAGGAUGUUCUUCGUUGCAUCCCGCGAGGGUCACCUUCCGGAAAUUCUCUCCAUGAUUCAUGUCCGCAAGCACACUCCUCUGCCAGCUGUCAUUGUUUUGCAUCCUCUCACAAUGAUAAUGUUAUUCAACGGGGAUCUCUACAGCCUCCUGAAUUUCCUCAGUUUUGCCAGGUGGCUUUUUAUUGGACUAGUAGUUGCUGGGUUGAUUUAUCUCCGAUAUAAACGUCCUGAUAUGCCUCGUCCUUUCAAGGUGCCUCUAUUUAUUCCAGCAUUGUUUUCCUUCACCUGCCUUUUCAUGGUUGCACUGUCACUUUACUCUGAUCCGGUGAAUACAGGGAUUGGAUUUGCAAUAACCCUGACUGGAGUUCCUGCCUACUACCUCUUUAUUGUAUGGGACAAGAAGCCAAAGUGGUUCAGAAACCUCCUAGACAGGGUAACUCUGACAUUGCAAAUCCUAUUGGAAGUCGUCCCAUCAGAGGAAGACCAGAAAUCAUGA